UGUGACAGUCUAGCUCCACCGCCUCCUCCUCCGCCUCCCUCUCUCACUCUUUCAUGCAGUCUCGCGCAUCCACAUCUCUUCAUUGCUCCGUCUGCUCAGCUUCUGUUCCCGCUUUGUUGACACAUCCCUUCAUUCUCUCCUCCUUCUUCCUUCACCUUCUUUUUUACAUUUUUUAUUCCACAUCUUCGACAUGCUCACGUGAAGUCCGCCAACUUGCAGAGCACUGUGGAUGCCGAGUUAAAAAAUUAAAAGAAGGCAAAUGCUCUAUCGGGGAAUAAGAGAAACAACUACGCACGUUUGCAUCUUUCGUUGAGUGCCUUGGCUUGAACAGAGCAACAGGAUGGAUCUGUCAUUCAUGGCUGCGCAGAUCCCAGUUAUGACGGGAGCCUUCAUGGACUCCUCGCCCAAUGACGACUACAGCGGCGAACACUCGCUCUUCAACUCCUCAGCCAGUGUCCACGCCGCUGCCUCUGCCGCCUCGGUACACGGCCAGCCGGAUGAGUCGCAGUCCAUGUCCAGCGAUGCCAUCUGGCUCUGGAUCGCCAUCAUCGCUACCAUCGGAAACAUUGUGGUGGUUGGCGUUGUCUACGCCUGCACUUUCUGAUGAACAUAAUGCUUACAAAGACAAUCAUGCACACUCACACACACAUACUGCUUUCUCUGGAUCUCUGGAAACCUGAGCGAGGCCACACUUUGUCGACAGACACUAUCUCUCUAUGUCUCUUUCUCUCUCUCUCUCCCUCGCACUUUUGGAUCAGUCUGAGCCCCUAAGGUUAUGGAAGUUGUGAUACUAGACAAUGACAUAUAGACUAUUAUAUUUCUUCAUCAGAGGGAAAGACGGGGACUUGGCUGCAUUCGUCAGCGCCAAGCAUUUUUGGAUGCUACAACUGGAAGUUUGAAAAGAAGCUUUUGUGUUCAACAGCUCUUUAGUUAAAAACAGAAACAUCAGAAAUGCGCUCUCAACAAAGAAUCAAAGGAACGUGUGCUUUUUUUUUUAGCUUAAGUUUGUUUCCGUGUUUCUCCUCAGACAACACCCUCACUUAUAAUGCAGAGAUGCGAAUAGAGAUAUGGGGCUUGAGAGUCAGGUUGAUCCAGGCUAUCUUUAACAUCCACCAGAUAGUUGCUUUGCAAUUCAGGACAGUGCUGUUAAAUUAUGCGGCUGAACAGAGAUGCUGAAUGUUGAAACAUUUAGAAAGUGCUUGGAUUCUUUUCAUGCAGUCAACCCUGAAGCCCAGGAUGUUAGAGCUCAUUUAAGGACUAAUUUGUAGAUGAAACAUAGUGAGGACAUUGAUCAUCAGUGUAUAUAGUAUCUAAACAAUUUUACUGACAGGAAACAAAGAAACAAACACAUUUAAAAACUCAUAAAAUUGUUUCUGUAAUGCUAACUCAAUUAUACACAAUGGAUGAUGAUUUUGUAGUGUAAAACUAAGUCAACAUCUUUCAAAUGAAUGGUCUUAUUGUCGAAUACUUACAGUAAUAUUCACUAGGGAUUAUUAGAAAAUCUAAUUGUAUUGUCAUGGUCUGUUCAGUUAUGUUUAGAUAUUAUCUACAGAUGUUAACGAAAUACAAUUAAAAGCACAAAUUGAAUCGCAAGAUGACGUAGCCUACUUUACUUACUGCACCUAAUUAUUUUUUGUAGUCAUUUUCUUAAAGUACAGCUUGUAAAAGUAUUUCUCAUCACUCAGAAUUUAUACUGUCAAGAGGGCAGGGCAGAUGUGGAAAAUUGGUAAAUGUACGUGUUCAAUUUAACACACACCAGCUCUGUAGUGAACUUUGUGAUACAUGUUUGCCCAUGUGAGUAGGGAAAGGGAUGUUGUCAUGUAUCAAGCUGUCCCUCUAAAUUUCUCACUGUUCAGUAAAUCAGUCUCCAUGGAAACUAAUUGGGAACAACGACUUUACUCUGAGACUCAAGCGUUAACCUGCAGGCACUGAUGCAAUGUAUUCUGCUUAUUCUGAGCAUUUAAUAUUUACUCAAACACAGGAAACAAUGCACUGAAUUUACACAAAUAUUACAUCUGGUAUUAUUUGCAUUUUUUGAACUCUGCUAAUUAUGUGUGCUUUGCUUACACUGUUUUAUUUCAAUUUUUUAAGAAAGCAAGCUACCAUAGGUUAACUGAUAUAAAUGUUGUUUUUUCGAAUGUGAAUUCAAAGUAGUUUUAUUUUUGAUUGACAAACUGACUGAUCUAUAUAUUUAGACAGAGAGAGAAAUAGAAAGAGAGUACUGUUUUUUCCAGUAAACUUGUAUUUCUUCUAAGAUUUAUGAGAUAAUAUCAAUAUGCUUUAGAUUAAAAUAUAUGAACUUGUCUUGUAAACACCAUACUGUACAUGUUCAAAUGUUCAUACACUGUGAAUUAGAAUACUAGCUUCCUGUAUCAACUGUACCAAUGUAAGGAGAAAUUCAGACACAGCACUCUGUUAUUAUGAGUAUACUACAAUGUUUAAAGAAGGACUUUUUAAGCCUGUUAUUUUUAUUAAAUGGUUGAUGUAGAAAUGUAUUUAGACAUGUUGUAAACCACGUACACAAUGCUCCUUUUGUAAAGACAUAUGCUACUAUUAAAAUUUCUGUAAUAAUG